AACAUUGAACACCCUGGGAUUCGAGGGUUGAUAGAUACGGUUCAGUGGUGAAAGGAUGAGGCAUUUAUUGUUUUCAAAGCGACAAGAAAUGUAGUUGUGAAUAUGGGUGACUGGAACCUGUUAGGAAGCGUUUUGGAAGAGGUACACGUUCAGUCGACCAUUCUGGGGAAGAUCUGGCUGACGAUCCUGUUCAUUUUCAGGAUGUUGGUCCUUGGAGUGGCUGCUGAAGAUGUUUGGGAUGAUGAACAAGCUGAAUUCAUCUGCAACACAGAGCAACCAGGCUGCAGGAACGUUUGCUACGACAAAGCCUUCCCCGUUUCUCUCAUUAGGUACUGGGUCUUACAGAUCAUCUUCGUGUCCUCGCCGUCCUUGGUUUACAUGGGGCACGCACUCUACCGCCUGAGAGCGCUGGAGAAAGAACGACAGCGGAAGAAAGCCCACCUUCGCGCCGAACUGGAAGAGAUGGAGCCGGAGCUAGAUGAGCACAGAAGACUGGAAAAAGAACUGAGGAAGUUGGAAGAGCAGCGCAAAGUAAAUAAGGCACCUCUCCAAGGUUCACUUUUACGCACUUACGUCCUACAGAUCCUGACCAGAUUGGUGGUGGAGAUUGGUUUUAUGGUGGGCCAGUAUCUCCUGUACGGAUUUGGACUUGAUCCCCUUUACAAGUGUGUCCGAUCACCCUGUCCCAAUACUGUGGAUUGCUUCGUUUCCAGGCCCACAGAAAAGACUAUUUUCAUUGUCUUCAUGCUCAGCAUAGCUGCCUUUUCCUUGCUUUUGAAUAUACUUGAAAUCGUUCACCUAGGAAUCAGAAAAAUCAAACAGGCGCUUUACCUGGAGUCAGACGUAAGCAUGUACGAAUCGAAGAAGAGCUCAGUUGUGCAGCAAGUUUGCAUUUUAGCCAACUCCUCGCCUCAUAAACCUGCCGCAAGGGCCCACAGUAGUUAUAAGCUGUUACCAGAACAGGAGGGACAUCCUGGAAACGUCCCUAUUUUCUUGACUCCGAUGCCUCUUAGUGUGAUUAAAGGACCAAUUGAGCAGGUUGGAAAAAUCAACUUAAUGGAUCAAUAUCAACAAGACCAAGAGCAACAUGUUAGACAGCAUCAUGAUGAGCAUUUUGAUGAGCAAUCAAAUCAAAUGAAGCACACUCAUCACACAUUACACAUUCAGAAUCUCUCGUCCAGUGGUGAUUGUGCCUCUAAAAAAUCCCAACAAGAUGGCAUUGCAUCAAAAUCCGGCCAUAGUAUUGAUAACGCAUUGGAACAGAUUAAGCCACCAACAUACCCAUCAUGUCAAAUGGAAAACUCAGUUCCUGCUCUAAAUACAAUUCGCCAACGGAGCCAAGUCACUUCUUACAAAGACUAUUUGGAAGAUCAUGCUAGUACUCAAGAUUCCUCUGUCAGGAAGAUCAGCUGUACUGGGUCUAAAUCAAAAAUGGUUUUGGAAAGCGCAUUGGCCAGUCAACCUGAAAGUCCAGAUUCCACAAACGUCUCUAGUUCUGAGUCAAAACAUAAAGAAGAGAGUCCACCUGUUAGCCCUCCUCCACCAGGCCGUAGAAUGUCAAUGAGCAUGCUUCUGGAACUUUCCUCCAUCAUGAAAAAAUGAAAGGAUGAUUCAAUCCAUAAAAAUGUAGAAAUUUAUGACUGCACUAAAGACCUCCAGAAGAUGCACUCCCACAGUGAAGCAACAGAAAAGGCAAUUACCUAAGUACCAUAUACCAAGACAUAAAAGCUUAUAUGAGAACUUAUUAAAUCAGGUUGCUUAGUUUUUAAUUUGUGAAAUAUUUAAUAAGAUCCACACCAUUUGCUUGCCUUUAACUUUCUGCUCACUCAAA